AUGGAUGAUACGGUUAAAUUAUUGAAACAAUUAACUCAAGACAUUAACGAUAUAAAAAAUCAGAAUAAUGUAAUAGUUGAUCAAUUGGAUGGAUUGAGACAAGAAUUUAAAGAUUCCAAAAGUGAAGUAGCAGGCGAAUUGAACAAUCUGAAGAGAGAGAACGAAGAACUGAAAGCGGAAAAAAACAAGUUAGAAAAGAGACUCCAGGCAGUUGAAAGAAAACAGAAAAAAUAUAAUCUGGUAGUGUAUGGGAUACAGGAAAACGAAAUAGAUACUCAUUCAUCAAUUACAUCAUUGUUCAAGAAUAAACUCAAAGUUGAGGUGCAUGAUUUCGGUAUAAGAGAUGCUUAUAGGAUAGGCAAGUCAGAAGAAAAUAAGAAUAGACCUAUUGUCGUUGAGUUGUUAACAAAUAAAUGGAAAACUGAAAUACUGAAUAAGGCAAAAGCAUUGAAGGGAAGUGGUAUAUUCAUUUCGUUAGAUUUGAUACCCGAAGAUUAUCAAAAAAAUAAAUUUCUGGUGACACAGCAGAAAAUUGCUCGUGAAAGCGGCCAUUCAGCCAAAAUCAAGGGGAAGCAACUCAUUGUUGAUGGCGUCCAUUACACAUAUGAUACCUUGAGAUCCAAACACAACAGUGUAACAUCUGAAACUGAGAGUAGUGAAAUCUCCGAGGAAAUUUCCAAGAAAAGAUUAGCCGAGGACUCGAAGGAUAUUGAAGUAUUCAGAGGACGGAAAGGAUCCAAAUCAUUACGUACAUCUUCCAGAAUUGUGAACAAAAUUUGA